GGCGGGCGGCCGGCAGGCGCGAUGCCCCGGCCGGGCCCCGCCGCCCCGGGCACGGUCCUGCUGCUCCUCGUCCUGCUGCUCACCGACUCCUCGCAAGCUGUCCUGCUGCGGGCGCGGGAGGCGGCUCAGUUCCUGCGGUCCAGGCAGCGUCGGGCCUACCAGAUCUUCGAGGAGACCAAGCAAGGCCACCUGGAGCGAGAGUGCAUCGAAGAGCUCUGCGUCAAGGAGGAGGCCCGGGAGGUCUUUGAGAACGACCCGGAGACGGACUAUUUUUAUCCGAGAUACCUGGAAUGCAUUCAGAAAUAUGGGUCUCCUUAUACCAAAAGUCCAGAUUUCAUUACAUGCGUUCACAAUUUGCCGGAUCAGUGCAUCCCGUAUCCUUGCCAGAGAGAGGGGACGCUUACCUGCCAAGACCUAGUGGCCAAUUUCUUUUGUCAGUGCAAACCCGGCUGGAAAGGGAGAACGUGUGGCCAAGAUAUUAAUGAAUGCGGCGAGCAGAAUGGAGGCUGUAAUCAAAUCUGUUACAACAAGCCUGGCAGCUUCAGCUGCGGCUGCUAUACCGGUUACACGCUCCUCCCGGACAGUAAGACGUGUGAAGACAUAAAUGAGUGCUCGGAGCCGGACGCCUGCGGUGAAGCUCUCUGUAAGAACUUGAUGGGAUCCUACACCUGCCUUUGUGAGGAAGGCUACAAGUUUGAUAGCGAGAAAAAGGUCUGCCAAGAUGUGGAUGAAUGCGAAGAAAAACGGUGUGAGCAGACCUGCGUCAAUUCUCCGGGGAGUUACACCUGCCACUGUGAUGGCAGAGGGGGAGUGAAAUUGUCUCAUGAUAUGAACACUUGUGAGGACAUUUUGCCAUGUGUGUCAUUUAACACGGCCAAAAGCAUAAAGUCCUUGUAUCUCGGCCGGAUGUUCAGUGGAACUCCUGUGAUUAGGCUUCGCUUCAAAAGAAGGCAGCCCACAAGACUUGUGGCUGAGUUCGACUUUAGAACCUUUGAUCCUGAAGGUAUCCUUUUCUUUGCCGGAGGCCACCGAGACAGCACGUGGAUAGUGUUGGCUUUGCGCGGCGGGAGGUUAGAGCUGCAACUGAAGUUCGGCGGGAUAGGUCGGGUGACCAGCAGUGGGCCAACAAUCAACCAUGGCUCGUGGCAAACGAUUUCAGUGGAGGAACUGGAGCGGAGUCUGGUGAUCAAAGUCAACAAGGAUGCUGUCAUGAAAAUAGCCGUCUCUGGAGAUCUCUUUCUGUUAGACAAAGGACUGUAUCAGCUGAACCUCACCGUGGGAGGCAUUCCUUUUAAAAAUAAAGACCUCAUUCAGCCUAUAAACCCGCGGCUGGAUGGUUGCAUGAGGGGCUGGAACUGGUUAAACGGCGAAGACACCACCAUCCAAGAAACCGUCAAGGUGAAUCACAAAAUGCAGUGCUUCUCCGUGACGGGAAGGGGAUCCUAUUUCCCCGGCAGCGGAUUCGCUUAUUUCGAUCUCGAUUACGUGCCGUCGUCAGCCGGAGCUAACGGAAGCUGGGAAAUCGAGGCAACCGCUAGCAUUCACCCGGCCACCGACACGGGGGUCCUGCUGGCUCUCGUUAGCCAAGACAAGGCCAUCUCGCUCUCCGUGGCCCUAGUGGACUUCCAUUCAACGAAAAAGCUCAAAAAGCAGCUGGUCAUCCUGGCGAUCGAGAACGUGGCCGUGUCCCUGAUGGAGAUCAAAGUCUGUGACGGGCAGGACCACCUGGUGGAGAUCUCCGUCAGCCGGGACGCGGCGGCCCUGGCCGUGGACGGGACCCGGGGCCGCAGCGACCUGAGCCCGGCGCAGCUGGAGGAGAGGCUGGCCACCCUGAGGGGCCACCUGCGCGGCCCGCUCACCACCUUCGUCGGAGGACUGCCAGACGUCCCCGUCACCUCGGCUCCGGUCACCGCCUUCUACCACGGCUGCAUGACCGUGAAGGUCAACGACAAGACACUGGAUUUAGACGAGGCCGUCUACAAGCACGGCGACAUCACGUCUCACUCCUGCCCCCCGAUCGAGCCUUCGCCUCAGUAGGCUCCGGCCGCGCCGGGCCCCGAGUCCCGGAACGGGAACCUUUUCCCGCCGGGCUUUCUUUGGAUCGAAAAGAUAAAUUAUUCAGACUCCCCGCCCCGUCCCAACCCCGCCACCGCGUGUAUAGUUUCUUUAAAAACACUGAAGUUACGUAGGAGCGAUCGAUCCCCGUGCUGAAUCGAUCGUGGCCGUCGCCCUGCCUGACGGCGCCCCAUUUGUAAUAUAUUGUAAAUAGUUCAGAUGACAAAUAUCAGCAAUCCCAAACGACGCGUAGGCUCCCAACGAAGUUUCCCCGAAGAAAAUAUUAAGACGGCCCGACAGCAGGCCUCUGAGGAGGGGAACCCGGGCGACGUUUCGCCGUAGGCUUGGAGGAAAUACUAGUUCUGUCUUAUUUUUAUUACCGAACACCGCUUUCUGAUCUCUGAAAUAUGACAGAUUAAAAGAUUUACAUGAAAAUUU